ACCACAACUCCUUGUUUGGAGACAAUACCCAGACGACGGCGAAAACCACAACAACAGUAACAAUGACACUAGCAGGAUCGCUGCGUGCAUAUGUGGCUACUCUGGGCGUCUUCUUUGUUGCUCUGCACACGCUAACCCAGUUUGGGACUGGACCGUCCCCAACAUCGGCAAAAAGCCGGCAUCUGAGCCUGCAACACGACAAGCAAGAACCCAAGUCAAGUCAGGGGCAGCAUGACGAUGAGUCGAUUGAGAAGAUGCGUUCCUGGAGAAAUCAAUAUCAGCAACUCUGCCAAGACGAACGAUCGACCAAGGAAGAUCUCUUACGUUCGUUAUCCGAGCUGCUACAGCCACGAACGGGUGCAAGCUCCGAGCCCAACAACGACGAGCCGUGCAAGUAUACUAUUUUGGAUUUCGGAGCCAACGUAGGUGAUAGCUUGGGCAAGUUUAUUGAUUCGGGCAUUGAGCCGUGUCCGGGUAAAGAUUUGGACAAGAACCCUCCUCGACUGGACUUGGAUACGAUCCGGUACUCCAACGACAAUUUUCACAAACGAGGCAAUCCUCUCAUACGCUCCAGCCGUUCCAUUUGGAAGCAAGUGGAAUCUUUGCCCGAGUGGUAUUGUUACUAUGGCGUGGAGGGGAAUCCUCGAUUUACGCCGCGGCUGCUGUCUCUAGAAGAACGUUUCAACCACGAUGUGUUGCCCCAACCGAUGCGUCGGGUACGGUUCCUAACACAAACUGUAGGAGCUGGCAAGGAUGGUCCCACAAAGAUCUACCUGGACACGGUCAACGAGGCACAAAACUUUUGGGGUUCCUCCAUUUUGCCAGCCCACAAGGACGUGGUCAAGAGUGAUGGCAGUGUGCAAGCAGCAGCAAGCGUGGAGGGUAUCACCUUGAGCACGCUGUUACUAAAGACGGCGCAAAAGGUGGAGGGAGGCCAUGUCCUAAUCAAAAUGGAUAUCGAAGGUGGGGAGUACGCCGUUUUGGACGAAGCCUACCAGCGCGGUGUCUUGUGUGACUAUGCCCAAAGCAAUGUCACCAUUCACUUGAUCUUGGAGACACACCGACCAGAUGUCAUUGGAGAGAGCAACUUUGAUCUGGAAAAGUGGAGAAACGUGAAGCAAUCUUUGAGGGAUUGCGGCGUCAUAUUGCAAACGGGACGAGAUGCGGGACGUUAAUUUUGGCUAGCUAAUCGUUCGGCCAUCUAACGAAGAAAGUGUUAGCCCUACGUCUCCACCAAUAUUAAACCCCAUUCAAGGCGUCAUCCCAAGCUUUGCAGAGAGAGAAAAGUCGUAGAACUAAGAUCUACCCAACUAGUAGCGACUUAUUGCUGGUUA